GUAAAUUAUUUCCCAAAAAAUAUUGAACUGAGGAAAAAGUCUAUUUUUGGACAGUGCAUCAUAAAUAUUGCUAUUUUUUAAAUAAUAAUAAAAUAUAAAAAGUUUUAAGAUAAAAUAAGUUAUUGUGUCAUAGUUAAAUGCUAUAAUUUAGGUAACAGUGUCUCAAAUUUGGGGAAAAAAUGUUAUUUUAACUAGAAAUUAGACAAAUAUACUUGUUAAAAUUUAGAGUUUUGUGGUGAAUAUUUUUGUGAAAAUGUUUUUUUUUUUUUUAAAUAAACUGACAGUCAAAAUAAAAAAGACACAUUGCUUGUGGAGAAAGUGCAUGAAAACCAGGCUAUGUAUAGACAAUGAGAUCUACAGUACACAGAAAAGAUUAGGGGUGAUUAUCCUCCCCUCUUUCUCUGGCUCCAGCUCUCUCUCUUUUGACACUGGUGGCAGGGCAACGGAGUGAGAGGUAGACUUUCAGUUCUAGCCCACGGACACACAGUGAAACAGUAGACCUCUCCUUAUGCAUUUUUAACAGCUCAGCAGAUGAUGGGAACAGUUUGAUAGGGACAGUUUGUCCACAGAGAGACGGAGUGAGCAGAUGUGUCGUUCCGUGGUUCUAAUGCGUGCGAAGAGAAGUACCUAAAAAGUUGGACCGAUUCUUUUGGCGAUAACUUCCACUUCUCCAUUCCCCUCACCUGUCAAGUGUGCAUGACAAACAAAGAAGAAGAUUUGCCUCAUUUGGUCACAGGUGCAAACCUCAGGGGCUUGCAUUUCCUCAAAAAGCCCUUCUGAUCGCUCCUUCAGAGGUUUUCAGGUACAAUAGGAUGCCUGGUUCCAGUGGCGUCAGUGUGGAAGGCUCUUGCAAGGCCCUCUGUCGAACCCUCGUGUCUCAAAAAGGCCUCCAGAGAGAAACAGCCGACAUCUCCCAGUCCGUGCUCUACACAUCGCUGAUGGGGCUGCUGCUGGUCACUGACAAUGAGAAAGACCCACUCGCCUUAGGAAGUGGAAGGGUUGGUCUGAGGAACAUAGGCAACACAUGUUUCCUGAACGCCGUGGUCCAGUGUCUGUCUCACACACGUGCUCUGAGGAACUACAGUCUCCUAAAGUCUUACAAGCACGAGAAGUUCUCCAAAGAGGAUGCAAAGCUCAUGGAAGCUUUCUCCCAGGUACUGUCAGGCCUGUGGGACGUCAAUGACGGCGACACUGUUGUAAAUCCCCGCAAGUUCUACAGUAUUUUCAAAGAUGCAGUGCCUUACUUCAGUGGAUACAGUCAACAGGAUGCUCAGGAGUUCCUCCGAUUCCUACUAGACAAGCUGCACACUGAAAUAAACCGCAGACCCAAUGUGAGAAAAACAGGGAAGGAGCCUGAGCAGAAAUAUGCCAGAUUCAGGAUUGCUGAGGAGGCAGCUGCCAUGUGGAAGAAGCACUUGGAGAGAGAUGACAGUAUAAUAGUAGAGCUUUUCUCAGGCCAGCUGCGGAGCUCGCUGCACUGCUCGGUUUGCUCUCACUACUCCAACACAUUUGACGUGUUCUGUGAUCUGUCAUUGCCCAUCCCUAAGAGGAGCUCUGGAAGGGAGGUCACCCUGUGGGAGUGCCUGGAUCUCUUCUCCCAGGAGGAGAAACUGGACAAAGAGAAUUCCCCUAUGUGUGAGAGGUGUAACCGGCAUACGGAGUGCACCAAGCGGCUGAGCAUCCAAAGAUUCCCCCAGGUUCUAGUGAUUCAUCUGAAUCGUUUCACGACAUCACGAUGGUCCAUCAGUAAGAGCACGAUGCUUGUCUCUUUCCCAAUCACUCACCUGGAUCUUGGACCUUAUGGACCAGCUGACUGCGGUCCUGUUCUGUAUGAUUUGUAUGCUAUAUGUAAUCAUGCUGGGACAGUGAACAUGGGCCAUUACACCGCCUGCUGUUUAGAUGAAAAUGGCUGGUGUUUCUACAAUGAUUCAAGUGUGACAGCACUUUCUGAGAACCAGCUUCAGACCAAUCAAGCCUAUGUACUGUUUUACCAGCGCAGCAGCAGCACUUCUGCUACCAGAAAAUGAAACGGACCUGCCAAUAAGAGCAACCCUGCAUUUGGUAUCCAUAGAAACAAAUUGAAGCAGCA